CUGACUUCAAUCACCCGUGUUUGACUUUGACAAUGGCAUUCAUUCAUUUAGCCACUCCCUCUGCAAUUUGCUGGUGGAAGGAACCACUACAUAGAAUUAUUCAACUUGCCUCUUCCCUCUUUGCUGUGAAUCUGCAGAAAGGCAAGAGAACCCAGCCAAGAUAUGGAAGGUACAGAUCACCAGAGAAUCAAAGCAAAUGGGAUAUGGCUACAUGUAGCCCAGAAAGGGACAGGCCAACUGGUCCUUCUCCUCCAUGGCUUCCCAGAUUUCUGGUAUUCUUGGCGCCACCAAAUCACCUACUUGGCCGACCGUGGCUACCAUGUUGUCGCUCCUGAUCUCAGGGGUUACGGCGACUCCGACUCCCCUGCCAACCCUUCUUCCUACACUCUUCUGCACAUCGUAGGCGACAUCGUCGCCCUCCUCGACCAUUUCGGUCAACACCAGGCGUUUGUGAUAGGACAUGACUGGGGAGCUCUGGCUGGGUGGUAUCUGAGUCUACUGAGGCCUGACAGAGUGAAGGGGCUGGUAGCACUCUCAGUCCCGUUCUACAACAGGAAUCCUGAAGCUAGAUUCACUGAAAUUUUCGACAGGGUGUUUGGAGAUGGGUUUUACAUAUGUCAGUUCCAGGAGCCUGGGAGAGCAGAGCAGGCAUUCGCGAGAUACGAUUGCCUGACAGUGAUGAAGAAGUUCUUGCUGUUGAACAGGACAGACAACAUGGUGGCACCUCCGGGAAUCGAGAUAAUCGACGACUUGGAGACACCAGCUGUUCUCCCGGCUUGGAUCACUCAGGAGGAACUGCAAGUCUAUGCUGACAAGUUCCAGCAAUCUGGCUUCACUGGUCCUCUCAACUAUUACCGUGCCAUGGACCUGAACUGGGAGAUUUCUGCACCCUGGCAAGGAUCGAAAGUUACAGUACCGGCAAAGUUCAUCAUCGGCAAUCAAGAUAUUGGGUUCGAGACCUCUGGCACUAAGCAGUAUAUUGAAGGAGGGGUCUUCAGGAGCUUUGUUCCUGACCUUGAAGUUGUAGUUUUAAAUGGUCACCACUUCAUUCAUCAAGAGAGAGCUCAAGAGGUGUCAGAAGAAAUUGCUGCCUUUCUUCAUAAGCAUUCCUCAAAAUGAUGAGAAUAGAGAACAGUCAAGGGUUUUUUUCUUUUUUUAAGGAAAUAACAUGCUGCCUUGUAUACUACUGAAACUGGACCUGGCUGAGCGAGCUAAUCAUGUUCGAUAUUUGAAGUUUCGUUAAACUUGGCAUCGACCAAGAGUCUGACCAUAUUGUCUCGGUAAGUAUUGUACAGUUACAAGUCCAAAUAAGAUAUCAGAAGCUACAAUUACACAAUAAUUUUGUAAGAAUCACCAAUGAAAUAAACAAAAUCAUCAGUAAGUUAGAAUGUUAGGAAAAUUGUUGACAAAAUUGCAUCAGGUUUCCCAUCGAGAACAAAUUCCUUUUGCAUCCUUGGACAUAGCAAAUGAAUCUAUACAGAGGGG